AUGUUAUAUCUCACAGCAGAUAAAUUCCCAGUCUUUGUACCAUUUGGUGUGAUAGGUUUCUACCGAUACCUGUGGUACAUCAUCCGAUUACUCGCCAGAGCAGCCUAUCGACCAAUUCCCUUACCACAAAACCCAACGUAUGUAGCAGCAGAGGAUGUCACGAUUAUCGUUCCCACCAUUGACGCAGGAGAGGAGUUUAGGGAAGCAGCAUUCUCAUGGCUUGAAGGUUCUCCCAAAGAAAUCAUCAUCGUCACUGAGGACAAGAUGGUUGGACCCCUUCAAGAACUGGCCAAUUCCGUCGACCCCUCGCGAAUCCGAGUUCUAACAGUUCCCUUCGCCAACAAACGGUUACAGAUGGCUCACGGAAUUCGAAAUACCACUACAGACAUCAUUGUAUUCGCGGAUGACGAUGCGAUCUGGCCACCGACCCUUUUACCCUACGUUCUAGCAUGUUUCGAAGAUCAGCAAGUAGGAGGUGUAGGUACUUCCCAAAGGGUAAAACCAUGUGGUGAUUCAAUGACCAUAUGGGAGGUAUUGGCUGCUUUCCGAUUAACAAUUCGUAAUAUUGAAAUUGCAAGUUCGACACAUAUAGACGGCGGUAUACCAUGUUUGUCUGGGCGUACAGCAGCCUAUCGAACGGUUAUUUUGAAAGAUCCAGAUUUCUUACAUGGUUUCACGAAUGAUCUUUGGCUGGGUAAAUAUCACCUCAAUUCAGGUGAUGAUAAAUUCCUCACUCGUUGGAUGGUCUCUCACGGUUGGAAUACAUACGUUCAAGUUUGUAAAGAGGCGGAAUUACUUUCGACAAUGAAACCUAAUUGGAGAUUUUUGAAACAGGUUUUAAGAUGGACUAGAAAUACUUGGAGAUCAGAUUUCAGAUCGAUUUUCACAGAGAGAUACGUAUGGACCAAACAUCCUUAUGUGGCUUAUACUAUGAUUGAUAAAUUCAUAAAUCCCUUGACGUUACUGGUUGGACCGGUGUUGGUCAUUUAUUUGAUUGUGAAAUCGACGAAGAAUGUGGAAGAUGGAGGUUAUCAUUUACCAGCUUGGAAGAUCGUCAUUUCGUACCUCGUCUGGCUCAUGGUCACUCGUACUGCCAAAUUACUACCCCAUCUAUGGUACAGACCUUCACACAUCAUCUACGUCCCAGCUUGGAUCUUGUUUGGUUAUUACUUCGCCAUCAUGAAGCUAUACGCUUUGUUCACUUUACACGAAACAGGAUGGGGUACAAGAGCAGGUAUCGGAGAUCCCGCAACUGCCACUACCGCUGCUCAGCAGGAGAAGAAAGCUGAUCCAGCGUUCGGUGGGGGAGGUACCGGUGAUCAUGGGAUGUACGAUGCAGAAUCGAAUGGUCUAGCAAGGAAGGGAUAA